AUGGGUGACGGGGAAGCAGGAGUUCUGGAAGCUGGAGGGCAACCUCGUACAUCGGCCGUGUUCACUCCUGUGCAGUGUCCAUCACUUCUUUCCCCUGUUCUCAGGCCCCAUGUUUCGGUGCCAUUUUCCCCGUCCAGCCUGUAUCAGUCCUACAGUGCAGGGGCCAUCUAUUCCGGUCUGAUGUCUUUGUGGCUGAAAUCUGAAGCAGUCGAAAAGCCCUGGUCUGACCCUGAGUCAGGAGUGGGGAUGAGCGAAGUCCUAGCUACCCAGAUGUUAAGGACUGGACAGAGAUAUCUGGUCAUCUCAAGAAGUCGCCAUGGUUUCCUGCUUCAACAGUGCUGGAUCAGAACUGGAAGCUCAACCCUUCCGACACCAUCUGGCAGCUCUGGGACAGAACCCUUUGCAACCUGGUUGCUCCACCGCUCCAGCGCCACCACCGCGCCUGCCUCUGCCGACCCCACCGCCCUGACCACAGCGUCUCUCUCGCAAGUGCACCAGAACUACCACCAGGACUCGGAGGCUGCCAUCAACCACCAGAUCAACUUGGAACUGUACGCCUCCUACGUCUAUCUGUCUAUGUCUUGCUACUUUGACCGGAAUAAUGUGGCUCUGAAGAACUUUGCCAAAUACUUUCUCCACCAAUCUCAUGAGGAGAGGGAACACGCUGAGAAAUUGAUGAAGCUGCAGAACCAACGAGGUGGCCGAAUCUUCCUGCAGGAUAUCAAGAAACCAGACCGUGAUGACUGGGAGAGCGGGCUAAGCGCAAUGGACUGUGCACUGCACUUGGAAAAGAGUGUGAAUCAGUCACUACUGGAACUGCACAAACUGGGUACUGACAAAAAUGACCCCCACUUGUGUGACUUCAUUGAGACCCAUUACCUGAAUGAGCAGAUGAAAUCCAUCAAAGAGCUGGGUGGCCACGUGACCAACUUGCGCAAGAUGGGAGCCCCCACUGUCAUGGCAGAAUAUCUCUUUAACAAGCACACCCUAGGACAUAGUGAGAGCUAAGCUGACUUC